GCAACGUUUACAUUCGACCUCGGUUUAUUGAAAGAGGCGAUUUUUGAAUUUCUACAGUGUUUAUAUUUGUGUGGAGUUGACUUCUGAAGAAGUGUAGCAGUGAAGUUUGUAUAAAGAGCAGAGAAUGUCGCUGAUGAAUCGAAGCACUUUGGGUGGAGGAGAUGGGAUCAGGGGGAAGGUUGGAAGCGGUGGCGCCACCGGCAGUCCCCCUCGCAGCGUCCCCAAGAAGCGGACGCCGGUGCCGUCGAGCAGGAGAUUUGCAACACGCGGUGCUACACCUUCAACGCCCGGACUCAAGGAGCGGUUGCGAGAGGCUAUAGAGACGUACAGCACUCCACCGCAGAGUCCGUUGCGAAGGAGAUCUCUUACCGUCGCCGAGAUCACGCCGACGAGGACCAAAAGCAGCAUCAAGUUGGCGUCGCCGUCGUCCGAUCAGGAAGAGAACGGCGUGAGGCGGCUGCAGAAGGCGACUGGGCGGAGGGUUGGAGGCGCGGGGGUGGUCGGCAGGACGGCCGACGCCGGGCAUCGCGUGAGCCACCAGCUAGUGCUGAACGCCUGGCGCCGCCGAAGACGACAAGUGGCGGCGCUCACUGACUCACGCGAUCAACUCCAGACGCAGAUGGAGCAGUUGAAGAUGCAGGUAGAUGUGCUGCAGAAGUUGAGAGUGUCGGAGGCGGGCAGAAGGGGAGAGGCUGUUGCGGAAUGCAAGUCGUACGAGUUGAAUCUGGUAGCAAGUAGACUGCUCAACGAGGAAAUGCAACAGGCUGCUUUGGUUGCGAAGAACAAAGUGGAGGAUCUUACGGGAAGAUUGGAAAAGAUGAAGUUGGAGCUGAUGAAUGAGCGAAAUCAGACUAAGAAUGUGGCAAGUCAGAGAGAGCUUUGCGAGCAGGCUUACGCUGCGGAGAAGCAACAGGUUCAGUUGCUCAAGGAGGAGAGGAACGCUCUUAUAACCAGGAUUGAAGAAUUUGAGCGAAUGAUAACUGUGGAGCAAGACUACAGCAAGAAGUUGGAGUUACUUGUUCAGGAUAAUGAAGUGAAGAAUGCGGAGUGGAGGGAAAAGUGCAGUGCGUUGGAAUUGAAGACGGCACAGUUGGAAAAGUCGAAGGUGCAGAGAAAUGCGGAGAUGCAGUCGAUGAGCAUGAAACUGGAGAAGCUGGAGUCUAAGGUGCAAAAUCUCAAGUCGAUGCUGUCCAAAACGCAGAAGGAGAAGAACAACGCUUUAGAUGAGAAGACGUUUUUAUCCGCCAGGUUGUUCCUUCUGGAGAGAGACAUGGAAGCCAGAGAAGCGCAUCGUUGGUGGAAAACCACAGGACAUCUAGUGUACAGAUCAUUGGGAAGUAUAUCUCAAAUGCUUUUUCCCGCUAUUCCGAAGGACGUAAUCCAGAAUACGAUUUGGGCGAAAUGAAACGAACAAACUAAAGGGACAAUUUAUAUAUAUAUAUAUUCAUUAUUAUACUUUUUUUUUUAUUUCUCAUCAUAUUUACAAUCAAUUAUUGUUUAGCACUAAAUAUUGUACUAUGUAGCAUUAACAAGAAACGUUAACUAAUAAUUAAUAAUAAUGAUUUGGUUAAAAUAAACGUUUUGGUGAGUCACAACCUAAAUUUUAAACGUAGUGAACACAACCUAAGGUAGUGCGCAAUAAGUAUCAUCUAUGUUUAGCAAAAAAAAAAAAACCAUCACUAACCGCAAAUGUUUUAAUUUUUAUUACUAUUCUUAAUUGGCUAAGUAAUAAGUGGACAUAAUUUGUUAUUUUUUUUUGCUGAUCAUAGACGAUAGUAUCGUAAUUGACUGGAGAAAGUAUCAAUAUGUUGCUUGCUCAAAAAUAUAUGAACGAAAAUUAACAAUAACAAACAGAAAAUGUUGACAAUUCUCCGUAAAUUGUAUAUGUAGUAUAUUGUAUAUAUAGAAAAUGCAAAAGCAAUAAAUAUCUUUGUGACUUCUCUCGUAACUACACGUAAACAAACAAAGGUAAUAAGUUCUAUCACUUGAGAAGUCUCAAAAUUCACCCGUUUCUCACUUUUUUUUCUUCUUCCUUCCUUACGCUUCUUCGUUUAUAAAUUAUUACUUUUGAUUCCUCUUUGGACGUGCUGCUGCGACUUUCCUCCUCCCAACAGUAUCACAUUUUACGAAAACGAAGGACAAAUAAAAAAAAAA